UCUCUGCGAACAGCGCUCCGAGUCGCGUGCGGGUCGCGAGUUCUUCUUGCGCGUCACCCUUUGGAUUAUUUGGAAUUUUAAGCGCGGUGCUGCUGCGUCAGUUGGUGGAUUUAUUUUUUUUUCUUUUCAACUCCCCCACCCCUCCGUCUAGCCGAUUGAUCAGCAUCGCACAUGGGGUACAGUGCGCGAGUCUCGUUCUCCCUUAUUUUCUGGUGAAUCAUUUUAUUUGCGCUGCGACAGAAUUUCGGAUGAUUAACUGAACAGCCCUGUGUCGCCGUGCGAGCAAGAGUCAAUGCUAUUUUUCCUUUUUGUAAAGAGAAAAAAUUGAGCCCUUGUUCAAAGGAUGACGGCUGGGCUUGCUGGAAUGUAGGAUAGCUCGUGCCGUUAGGCCAAGUACGAUCCUUGUCGACUGUAAAUAGUCGUUACGAGUCCUCUUCUAGCUGAUUAAAUUAAAGUCGUUUACCUUAGGCGUACAACUGUGUGUCAAGUGAAUCCGACAACGUGAAACGCACGGAUAACUAGAGAGAGUGCCGAGUGCCCGAUAAGCUGCAAGCAACUCUUGGUGAUAAUAGUGAAAACCGUGUUCACGUGGGCUCUGGAUUUGUAGUCUGUGAUUUUUCCCUGAAGCCACUCUUGGGGUCGCUUCGCUUUAGCUUGUCUACGAAGGAAAGAAUGAUUUUGUUCAGUGCGUCGCGACGAAGAACGAUAGCGACAAUAGCGACGGGAAAACAGUGCUCCUGAUUCCGCGAUGAGUGGAUAUUUACAACUUUUGUUCUUCACCCUUCAGCCGUGCGAAUAUGGUGCUGUGAAAGGAGGAGGGUGCCGGCGCAAGUGAAAACGCUAAACCCUCGAGGGAAAUUCAGACAGACACUAUUCCACCAGCCUGCGAGCCUCGACGCACCCCACGCACCCCACGCACCCCACGCACCCUUAUUGGCAAAUGGGAUUCCGUUUCGGCGUAAGGGAUGCACUUGACCAAGCGAUGCACCGGCCCCGCUGCCCCGUCGAAUCGCGAGACGUUCUUGAAUCCGCAACAGCAGCCGUUCCCGUGCUUGGAUAACCACGCCGGAGCCAGGAACAUGGCCUGCAGGACAAGGAGGAUCAUCGGCAGCUGCAGCCGGUCGAAGACGGUGUUGAGGAUCGAACUGUUCCUCGCGUUCACCUGGUGCGCGCUUACGCUCGCGGGGGCGACGUCGUCCGACGCCACGAGUGCGUCGUUCCAGCCGUCGACAGGCAGGCCUGCCACCACCACGGAAAUGGUCUACCAGAGAUUCGCGACCGAGCCAAUGGACCAGACCGCCGUCAUCGGCAGCACGGUCACGCUGCCGUGUCGGGUCCUCGAUCAGAAAGGGCCCAUCCAAUGGACGAAAGACGAUUUUGGACUUGGAGCUGUGAGGAACCUCACGGGCUACGAGAGAUACGCCAUGAUUGGCAGCGACGAGGAAGGCGACUUCUCCCUGCACAUAUAUCCCGUGGAACUGGAAGACGACGGCAAGUACCAGUGUCAAGCGUCGCCCACCAAUGACGGACAACCUGGGCUGCGCUCAAGAUUCGCUUGGCUCAGCGUCCUGGUGCCGCCUCAGAAACCGAAAAUUACCCAGGGUGAUUUCCUGGUGACGACCGAGGACCGAGAACUCGUCAUAGAGUGCGUCAGUGUCGCAGGGAAACCACCAGCCGAGAUCACCUGGAUCGAUGGACUUGGCAAUGUCCUUCACAAAGGAAUCAAGACGACCACCGAGAAGUUCGACGGUGGUCCAUUGAUCACCGUCAAGUCGGUUCUGACGGUAAUGCCCCGCAAGGAACAUGACAACACGACCUUCACGUGUCAGAGUCAGAACGCGGCCGAUCGCACACCGCAAAAUGUCAAAUUGCGAGUGGAGGUCCGUUACGCUCCAAAAGUUUCAUUGAAAAUUCGCUCAGGAUUUUCAAAAAAUGGAAGAAUCGUAGAAGGCGCAGAAUUGCGAUUCAAAUGCCGCGCGGAAGCUAAUCCACCCGAUAUGGAAUACAGGUGGUACAUCAAUGAGAAGAAGGUGAUUGGCGACUAUACCACAGAAAUGAUUAUUCACAACGCAACCCGGGAACUUCACGACGCCAUUGUGAAGUGCGAGGUGCACAAUGACGUCGGGAAGAGCGAAGAAACGGAAACCCUGGAUAUCACCUACGGACCGCAAUUUCGCCAUCCGCCAGUCUCCGUGGAGACGCACUACGGCGCAACGGAGAUUCUACAGUGCGACGCCGAUGGCAACCCGACGCCAGAGAUCUUCUGGAUCCACGAGGAGUCGGGCAGGAUGGUAGCGACCAGUCCGAAUAUAAGUGUCCUCGUCAGUCCGGAAACGGCCGGUCGUUACUAUUGCAAGGCCAGCGUGCCUGGAUUUCCGGAAUUGACCGGAUACGCGAACAUCUACAUCCGUGCGGCGCCGAGUAUCGUUUCCCAGAGGACUCAGUAUGUACCCGACGAAGGAGUCGUCAAGGUGGAGUGCACAGCAAUAUCCGUGCCGAAAGCCGAAUCCGUGGUCUGGAGUUUCGCCGGGCGAGAGCUCAAUUUCUCGACAAACAAUACACCCUUCUACGUGCAGGAGGAAUACAACCCCGAGGGUGUAGUCAGUACCGUCACCCUCCUGGAGCCUGUGUCCACGUACUUCGGUGAUUACAAUUGCACAGUCACUAACAGCUUUGGUACGGACUCAGUGGUUAUCAAGCUGACAACGCAUGCAUUGAUUCCAGUCGAUUGGCAACUUAUUCUUAUCAUCGUGGGUCUGGUCGUCUGCGUGAUACUGAUUGGAGUUAUAGUCAUUCUCAUACUUCACUGUCGCGACCGGAUUAAGCAGCCAAGAGCGAGAUCGGCCCCCUCGCACGAGAACGAGAUGCAGGAAACAGACUCCAAUGGAGAUCGGUAUCGCGAGAGCGAUAGGAGCAGCAAUUUAUCGGACGUUAAGGCUGAUAUCCGUGCGGGCUCCAGUGUCAGCAAUGCGGAAAGCGUGACGGCCCUGGACAGCGAGGGCGAAGGAAGCACCAGGGGUGUUAAUGCUCUUGCACUUGCGGGCCCUGUGCCAAAUCCACUGGGAUACCGUUACAGCGCAGACUAUACAGAGCCGUCCUUUCCACCGAAAAAUAACGAUGGAAGUAACAACAAUGGCUAUGUACCUUAUGUGGAUUACGCGAGGGACUACAUGCCGCCGACGACACAGGGUAUGGGCACAUCGAGGGAGUCUCUUAGCAGGAUUCCAUCAAGUGGAAUCCUGGCGUCUAAGAAGAUCGGCAUGAGUUCGGCUAAUCUGGGAACAUCGACGCCCCAGACAACGCCAGUGAUCGAUCCGCGUUUCUCGGCCACUUAUGGCAAUCCCUACCUAAGAAUGUCUGCCGCUGAACAGCUGAGACACGCCCCUCACACAGCGAUACCGGGUGUGACGCCAGCACCGCCGCCGUACACCCAGGCAAUGAGAAUGAACAACUUGAAUACAUUAAACGGUGCCGGUCCCCAGGCACCAUUAUCGGCCCACUACAUAACGGGUGGUCCUAAUGGCGGUGUGGCAACAGUAAAGCGCACUUCUGCAGUUGGCACCCUGGCAACGCACGUAUGAGACAGGGAGCCUUUCUCUAACUAGAAUCGGCCUACG